UUUGAACACUUUUUAAAAUAUAUGGCUCAUCACUUGAGGUUUAUGCAGAUAAUGCACAUAUCCGACGCAGACUAAUUUCUACUAACUAUCACGCAUACAACAUAUUAUUUAUUGUUUAUUUUGUGUUCGUUUUAUCAAUCCGUUUUUCUUCUUCGCUCAUCAUUAAUUUUCUUGUACUUUGUCUAUUCUCAGACAUGGCACUCAAUCGUAUCUGCGUGAUUGCGCUCAUUGCACUGCUUGGAGCUUCGUGCUUUGCUUCGCCGCUGUCUCAAACCGGGACGGACACCAAGAAAGAGCCAGCGAUCCGUGCAAAAAGAGACGUCUCAAGUAAGGUUCUAACACGGCGGGAGAACCCUGUCCAAUCUCGUGAUGCACGGAUUGAGCGGAUGAUAACUCUGCCAGACGACCAGCGCGAGUUCAUGAACCGGCAAAUCAUGCAGGCCCUUGCAGAAAUUAUCAGUCGAGAUGAAUGCUUCUUAGACCGGGACUACAAAGGCUGGGUAGACUUUGGGAGACGAAGCGCCGAGUAAUGUUUGCAUUAGGCCUGCAAUGUAUAAAAUGUCACUGCACUUGCAAUAAAUUGCCCAGCUUAGCUA